AUGUCGUUCACGAACCGUGACCAGAAGUUCAUGGACCCCGACGAGAAGGCGUCGAGGUCACCCAGCUCCGAGACCAGAGCAUUUGAACAACCAGCGCCAACUUUUGUCAACGAUGAAGGACUACCAGUCGAUGAGGACAAAGAACUUACCCUCCAUCGUGGGCUGAAAGCACGCCAAAUUUCCAUGAUUGCCCUCGGAGGGGCUGUGGGCACUGGCCUCAUCAUUGGUUCUGGGACGGCUCUACGACGUGGAGGUCCGUUGGGUUUGCUUCUUGGCUACAGCUUUGUUGGAUUCGUAUGCUUCAUGGUUAUGACAAGUCUUGGAGAAAUGGCAGCUGGGUAUGCCACACGAUUUGUUGACCCCGCCUUGGGGUUUGCACUUGGAUGGAACUAUCUGAUGAAGUAUCUUAUUGUCACACCCAACAACAUCAAUGCAGCCGGGGUGGUUAUCCGUUACUGGGAUGUCCACGGAAAGGUUCACAUUGCUGUGUGGAUGGUCAUUUUGAUUGCUCUCAUUUUCUUCGUUAACCUUUUGGGUAUUCGGGUGUUUGGGGAACUCGAAUUUUGGUUAUCCAGCAUAAAAGUAUUGGCAUUGAUUGGGCUUAUCCUCAUGGGUAUAAUCAUCGAUCUAGGCGGUAAUCCCCGCGGUGACCGCAUCGGAUUCCGAUACUGGGAUCCUGAUAACGUAGCCAAUGCGCCUAUGGGUAUUUACAAGACGACUGGAUCCAAGGGUAUUUUCCUCGGCUUCUGGGCUGUCAUGGUCAACGCACUUUUCGCAUUCAUGGGUACUGAGUUGAUUGGUGUAACUGUCGGCGAAGCACAAAACCCUCGCAAAAACAUUCCAAAGGCAAUCAAGCGAACUUUCUGGCGUAUUCUCGUAUUCUACGUUGGCGGCGUGUUCGUUAUAGGCCUUAUCGUGCCCUCUACCGAUCAGAGCUUGUUUGUUGCCACAUCAGCUAAGACUGGUGCAGCAGCAUCUCCUUUUGUAGUUGCAGCCAAUCUGGUCCAUAUCCGGGUAUUACCCCAUAUUAUCAAUGCUGUUAUCCUUAUCUUCGUAAUGAGCGCGGCCAACUCGGAUCUUUACAUUGGAUCACGCACACUAUACGCUCUCGCCGCCGAAGGGAAGGCUCCUCGCAUCUUCAAGAUUGUUAAUAGGCACGGGACGCCUUGGCCCGCAUUGCUAUUCUGUACCGCAUUCUGUUCCCUAACCUUCCUCAACGUUCAAAAAUCAGGAGCCCAGGUUUUCACUUACUUCGUCAACCUGGUCACUUUCUUUGGUGCAACAACGUGGAUGUGUAUUGUCUACACGCACAUUCGCUUUAUGAAGGCCCUUGAGGCACAAGGAAUUUCUCGGGAUGAACUGCCAUACAAGGCGCCUUUCCAACCAUGGGGUGCAUGGUUUUCAUUGAUUGUGACCUUUAUUAUCACAUUCUUCAAGGGCUUCGAUACGCUCAUGACUCCCGUUAACAUUCCGAACUUUAUUACAAGCUAUAUUGGUGCACCUGUAUUCGGUUUCAUGUGGCUGGCAAGUAUUGCAUACAAAAUAUAUUACAAGACCAAGGUCAUUCCAUCUCGGGAAGUCGACUUGAUUACUGGUAAACGCGAGAUUGACGAGGAGGAAGAGCAGUAUCUUGCUCAGCAGGCUGCAUUAGGUCCACGUACCUGGAAGCAGAAGCUCUGGGAUGCAUUGUAUACUCUGGCAAUACUGGCAUCUUUUCUUGCCUACGCCUACAUAGUAUCUCCAGAUCUAGAGUUGGCUCACCAGGCGCUCUCCACGUCGAUUGCAUACUUGAACAUCGAUAGUCUCAAGAUCUUCCAGCACUCUAGUCAGACUUCUCAACUUUCUAAGACCGUACCAAUGGCCUCCCAUUCUGUUUCCCGAAGUGUCACCAAGAAGGUGUAUGCAGCAGAAACUCCAGAAGGAGCUGGUGCGAUAGUACGCCGUUCUAUCGGGUCAAUGAGCUUGCGAAACUUGAGCCCAUUCUUGAUGUUGGAUCAUUUUCAUUUGACACCAGGGAGUGGUUUCCCUGACCAUCCUCACCGGGGCCAGGCCACAGUGACAUAUAUGAUUGAAGGCUCCUCUCAGCAUGAAGACUCUGUUGGCCACAAGGGACAGCUUGGUCCUGGUGACGUGCAGUGGAUGAUUGCUGGCAAGGGUAUUGUUCAUGCAGAAAUGCCAUUAUUCCUUCCCGAUGAGCCAAACCCUAUGGGAAUGCAGUUAUGGAUCGACCUCCCUAAGGAGCACAAGAUGACUGCACCUACAUACCAAGAGUUGAGCCGCAAUGAGAUUCCAACAGCAUUCCCAGAAGGACUGGAUGGCCCCGUGCAGGUCAAAGUGAUUAGCGGGAAGAGUUUCGGGGUCGAAUCACCCGUGAAGCACUUGGGUGGCUGUUGGUACAUGGACUUCCAGUUCAAAGCGAGCGACGUGACAGUGUUCCAGGACUUGCCUGCCGGAUGGACCGCAUUCUUGUAUAUUCUUAAGGGCUCGCUAAAGGUCAACGAAUCUGAAAACCACGAACAAUUUCACACAUUGGUACUUUCUUCUGAAGCAUCAGAGAAUGGCGUGACCAUUACGUCGACCAGCUCGGAUACUCGAGCAGUGUUGAUUGCUGGAGAGCCUCUUGACCAACCCGUAUUCCAAUACGGGCCAUUCGUCAUGACCACAAGAGAAGAGGUUCAGCAGACUCUUUUAGAUUACUCUACCGGCAAAAAUGGGUUCGAGAAUGCGCACAUUUGGAAGUCGAAGAUCGGGGCAGGCCUCAUGUGA